AGCUGCACGGGUGCCACCAGCCGCUGCCUCGCACCGGAGCGGGGCCGGGGCCGUGCGGAAAGUGCGUCCGCCAAUGCUCAGGCUGAGGCGGCGGCGGCAGCGCCGGGGCCGGGCGGGGCGGGCGGAGCUGCGGCCGCCGCCAUGGGGCUGCUCAACUUCACCCGCGACCCGGUGCCGGAGGCGGUGAGCGGCGACAUGCACAACCUCAACCAGCUCAGCGCGCAGCAAUUCUCAUCACUGACUGAAGUGCUCUUCCGCUUUCUGACAGAGCCCAAGGAGGUAGAAAGGUUUCUGACUCAGCUCUCCGACUUUGCCACCAUGAAUAAAAUCAGCUUGGGCCCCCUGAAAAAUAUUGUCAAAAGUAUUCUUCUGGUACCCAACGGUGCCCUGAAGAGGAAUUUGUCUUCGGAACAAGUCCGAGCAGAUUUUAUUGCUCUAGGCCUCAGUGAGGAGAAAGCCACUUACUUUGCAGAACAGUGGAAGGCCAAUUCCCCCACCCUGACUCGCCUGGCUGUUGGUCAGACACUGAUGAUUAACCAGCUGAUAGAUAUGGAGUGGAAGUUUGGAGUGACUGCUGGGAGCAGUGAACUGGAAAAAGUGGGAAGUAUCUUCUUACAGCUGAAGCUGGUGAUUAAAAAAGGGAGUCAAAUGGAAAACGUAUAUAUGGAGUUAACUUUGCCCCAGUUCUACAGUUUUCUGCAUGAAAUGGAACGGAUCAAAACCAGUCUGGAAAGCUUCAGCUGAAGCAGCACAGGCCUGGACAGACACCCAUCCAGUGGGAUUUCCCCUUGUGGGCCAGCAGAGCUGCCCUUUCCCAGCUGACCUAACACCCCGAUAAGAGGAGACGAGGCUGUGCAAGGAGCAGUGCUGUCACGGCCCAGAGGGACCAUCAAUCCCUCAGAACCUGAAACUUUAGCAAGUGUUUUGAAGCAGCUACAAUCCACUCAUCUCAUUUUUUUAUAUACUCUUAUGAGAAACUGUGGUCAAAAUAUGUGGAUACUUGUAUUUAAACAGCAAAUAAACCCAUUCCCAUCCUGC